AUGGGCGACGUCCUCGUAGAGAACCCGGCCAAUAGCGUGCAUCCUCACAGCAAGGCUCUCCCUUCCAACAUCCCCAACGUCGAGACGAUUGAAGGUUUGCCGUCAUCAGGAGGAGAUGAAUAUGCCACAUUAAAGAAGUUGCAACGGCAUCUGGAGUAUAUCCAGUUGCAGGAGGAGUACAUCAAGGAUGAGCAGAGAAGCCUGAAGCGCGAGCUGGUGCGCGCGCAGGAGGAAAUCAAGCGAAUCCAGAGUGUGCCUUUGGUCAUCGGACAGUUCAUGGAGGCAAUCGACCAGAACACCGGUAUCGUUCAGUCCAGUACAGGCUCUAACUAUGUUGUCCGAAUCCUGUCCACCCUCGACCGCGAGAAGCUCAAGCCGUCUUCCUCCGUCGCCCUCCACCGACACUCAAAUGCCUUGGUUGACAUCCUGCCACCAGAAGCUGACUCUUCGAUCGCCAUGCUGGGUUCCGACGAGAAACCCGACGUGACGUACGCCGAUGUUGGUGGUCUGGAUAUGCAGAAGCAAGAGAUUCGGGAAGCAGUCGAAUUACCGCUGACCCAUUUCGACCUCUACAAGCAGAUUGGUAUUGACCCACCCCGUGGUGUGCUCCUCUACGGGCCUCCCGGAACUGGCAAGACCAUGUUGGUCAAGGCUGUCGCCAACUCAACAACCGCCAAUUUCAUUCGGGUCGUCGGUUCCGAGUUUGUGCAGAAGUACCUUGGUGAGGGUCCUCGUAUGGUGCGAGAUGUCUUCCGAAUGGCUCGUGAGAACUCCCCGGCUAUCAUCUUCAUUGAUGAGAUCGACGCCAUUGCCACCAAGCGAUUUGACGCGCAGACUGGUGCCGACCGAGAAGUUCAGCGUAUCCUGCUGGAGUUGCUGAACCAGAUGGACGGUUUCGACCAAACGGCCAACGUCAAGGUCAUCAUGGCGACGAACCGUGCCGACACACUGGAUCCUGCCCUGUUGCGACCUGGACGUCUAGACCGAAAGAUCGAGUUCCCCAACUUGAGGGAUCGCAGGGAGAGACGUCUGAUUUUCAGCACGAUUGCGAGCAAGAUGAGCUUGGCACCCGAAGUUGAUCUCGACAGCUUGAUUACGCGGAAUGAUCCUCUCAGCGGUGCCGUCAUCGCUGCCAUUAUGCAAGAGGCUGGUCUCCGAGCCGUGCGCAAGAAUCGGUACAACAUCAUCCAAGUUGAUUUGGAGGACGCGUAUUCUGCCCAGGUCAAGGCAUCGACCGACGAGAACAAGUUCGACUUCUACAAAUAA